CUCUACAUUCCCCAAAUCCAAGUUGAAGGUGAAAGUCCUCUUUCCUCCCGUUAACUGUCCCGUUAACUGCUUGUCGCUCGUUGUCGCUACAAACUGCUGCAACUAUGUCGGUGUUUGCUGAAGUUCCCCAAGCAGCUCCUGUGGCUGUCUUUAAGCUGACCCAGGAUUUCAAUAACGACGAAUUUCCCAAGAAGGUGAACCUCGGCGUGGGAGCCUACCGGACAGAUGAAGGCCAACCAUGGGUUUUACCAGUGGUGAAAAAGGUGGAAAAGAUCAUUGUGCACGAUGACAGGCUGAACCAUGAGUACCUGCCCAUCCUGGGCCUGCCUGAUUUCAGAUCCUCGGCCUCCAAGAUCGCACUGGGAGACGACAGCCCUGCCAUCCAGGAGAACAGGGUGGGAGCCGUUCAGUGUCUAGGUGGCACAGGUGCUCUGAAGAUGGGGGCAGAGUUCCUCAGACGUUUCUACAAUGGAACCAACAACACCAAGACGCCUGUCUAUGUGUCCGCACCUACCUGGGAAAAUCACAAUGCUGUAUUUGCCAAUGCGGGCUUUGAGGAUGUCCGUCCAUACAAGUACUGGGAUGCACAGAAGAGGGGCCUUGAUUUGGCUGGUUUCCUUGGUGACUUGGAGAGUUGUCCAGAGCACUCCAUCUUUGUCCUGCAUGCCUGUGCCCAUAAUCCAACUGGCACAGACCCCACACAGGAGCAAUGGAAGAAGAUUGCUGAAGUUAUGAUGAGGAGGAAGCUGUUUGUGUUCUUUGACUCGGCUUAUCAGGGAUUCGCCUCAGGCAGUCUGGAGAAAGAUGCCUGGGCGGUCCGCUACUUCGUCUCCAUGGGCUUUGAGAUGUUCUGUGCUCAGUCGUUCUCCAAGAACUUUGGCCUCUACAAUGAACGUGUGGGCAACCUGACCGUUGUGGCUCGUGAUGCAGACAACCUGAAGCGAAUUCUGUCCCAGAUGGAGAAGAUUGUCAGGACGACCUGGUCCAACCCACCGUCACAGGGAGCUCGCAUUGUCGCCGUCACCCUUAACUCACCUGAGCUCUUUGCUGAAUGGAAGGCAAACGUGAAGACCAUGGCUGACAGGGUCUUGUUGAUGAGGGCUCAGCUGAAAGCUAAGCUGCAGGCUCAGGGGACACCGGGGACCUGGGACCACAUCACAGAGCAGAUUGGCAUGUUCAGCUUCACAGGCCUCAACACCAAACAAGUGGAAUAUAUGGUGAAGGAGAAACACAUCUACUUAAUGGCCAGUGGUCGUAUCAACAUGUGCGGUUUGACCACCAAGAACAUCGACUACGUGGCCGAGUCCAUUCAUGAGGCUGUCACUAAGGUCCAGUAGAAGACUGCACUAUAUCCACAGUUCCUUCUGCCCAGCCCUGAGCCACCCUGAUCCCAGGGACAGUGUUUGUAUCCAGCAGAGUUUCUGGGGCAAACACUCUUAAGCCCCCUGGCCCCAUUUCCCCUGCUUUGAGUGUUUGUGCUAAGCUAGGCUAAACACAUUCUGGACCUGUUUCUCUAAUGAACGCACAAGACUAGUGUAGAUAUUCAUCUUCUCACCUAACCACCAUAAGACAGCAAAUUCAUUUCCCAAAAUAUGGGAAUUAUUCCCUUAAGUAAUUGUUUAUAAUUUGUCUCUGUUUUUUCUGUGUUGGUCUCUUACUUGUAGUGUGUACUUAAGAGUAUGACAUCACUUAUUUUUUAAAUGUCAUGUACUAUUAGUUCGCUGUUGUGUGUCAUUACUCGGACCUUUGAGAGGGUUAAGUACGUCUGUGACUGUGUUACAAUUACCUCAGCAGUGCUGACUCUGUGAUCCUCCACUGUUAUUAUUCAUCCAUUCCAAGUGUUGAUGACACAUUUCCAGUUUUAAUUAGCCUGCAGUAAUUAGCAUGUUAUGAUUAACAGUUUUAAGAACACUUGAAAAAUAGAAUUUGCAUUUACCAUGACCAAAUUCAUUGUAUGUAGUUUUAUUUAGUGUACACUGUCGUAUUAAAGGGUGAAGAACCACCUCUAUCAUGAAUUAAGUAGUAGUAUUACAUCAUUUUCUUGAUGCAAUGUAAAACAGAGUGUUCUCAGGAAGAUAUUUUUAACUUGAACUAUGUAAUUUAUUAAUGAUAAUGUCUUCUGCCCAUGGGGGUUAUAUUAAUUACCUCACUUUUAAUCUCUAUUUGUGGACUGUUUUUCAUUCUGUGAGCACAAACGCUGCUCAACUGUUCUCACAGCUUCCGUGACUCAAGAGCAACCUCAGUGUUUUCUGCUGCCAGACUAAUGUUCUGGUACUUCUGGUUCUGUCCGGCACCUGCCAAGUUAAUGUUGAGUUUGCACAGUGAUUGUCUGUUCGAAGCACUUGCGCACUAUUAUGCAAGACACUCAUGUCAGUGGCACAAACACACUAAUGAUCAACCAGUUGGCUAUCAUAUCACUGCUCACAGCAAUAAAGCAGUCUUACUGUGUAGCAAAUGAAUGCAAGCCGAUGAGAUGAAUGAACUACUCUAAUAAAUGACUAUAAAUAG